CUUGCCUGGUUCACUGGCUACCGAAGGACUCUGGAUCAUGUGUGUGGCCUGCUAAAGGGAAUAAGGGAGGGCCAGAUCCUGAGAGGCUUAUGGACUUGCAGGCUGCCAUGCAGUGGGCUAGGCUGGGAGCACGGCGCAGAGAACCUGGGUCCCGACACCACCACUUCAUUCAGAAAAACCUGACUGGAGCUGGUGGAGGUCAGAAACAACCAAGGGCCUCCUGUGAUGCCCAGAAGGAGCACAGCAUCCUACUGUCUAUUGAGUCCUUGGGUCGGACUCUCCUUGGGAGUGUGGCUGGAGCUCCCCACAGUGCGCUAGAGAAAGCAGCACGGACAGUGGCAGUGCGCACGGAGGCAGUGAUGCGCAGACACUGCCGGACAUCCUACAGGAUCCUGCAGCCCAUGAAGCAGCCAGCGCAGCCACGCAGCAGCCGGAGGCGGCUCCUGCUACGUGCCCUAUACACCAUCGCCACCUGCUGGGAGAAGCUCUUUGCGCUAAGUGCCAUGGCCGCUGGAGAAUUCUAGCACUGUCUGUGUUCUCUCUCCCACCUCGCACAGAAGACAGGAAGCAAACUGAUUUGUUUUGAUAGUGCCCUCUCUCUCAGCUCAGACUGCCUGCACUCAGAGG